AUGGCCGCGCCCAGCGCCACGAGUUUUCGGCGUGGAGCGCGCGUGGAGUCGGGGGGGCCCGGGGGGCGUGGGGGGCCCGGGGGGCGCGUGGAGUCGGGGGGGCCCGUGGGGCGUGGGGGGCUCGGGGGGGCUCUGCGCGGGACGCGGCCCUGCGGGUCCCGCUCCCAGCUGCUCGUGUCAACAGGCAUCCCCUCGCUCGACUCCGCGCUGGGUGGCGGGCUGGCGCUGGGGUCGCUGCUACUCAUCGAGGAGGAUGCUUUUGGGAGUUUCGCUCGCCACAUCCUCCGCUGCUUCCUCGCCCAGGGGAUCGCAUCGGGUCAUGACCUCUACGUGGCCUCCGCCGACACUCACCCCGAUGACAUCAUCCAGGAGCUACCGGCCCCCGUGCUGGAUGAGCCCCCUGCGGGUCGCGGGGGUCCCUGCGGGAGAGCGAGCGACGCGGAGGGCAUGGAGAUCGCGUGGAGAUACCAGAACAUGCCCAAAGUGGAGACUGCGCCGGCUGCGGGCGCCGCUCUGGGCCAGAGCUUUGACCUUUCACGCACCAUGGGGGCGGAGCUCCGAGCUGGGGCACGCGUGCACACCUUCCACCUGCCCGCUCACCCGCCGCUCACCCACACCACUACCCCCCACGGGGUGGAUGCGGUGCCCGGGUACUCCGCUCUGCUCCGCUCGCUGGCGCACGUCACCCAGGACCCCGCGUACGACCUCUCACCCCCGCAGCCCCUCACCCCAGCCCCCAACCCCCCGGCCGCCCCCCCCCUGCGCCGCGUGCUGCGUGCGUCACUGCCGUCCCUGGGGGGGGCGGCGUGGGGGGACGACUCGACAAGCGGCCCCCUCCCCUCGCGGGGCCCCCCCCGCAGCAACGCGGCGCUCCCCCGCCUCCUCCUGGCGCUCCGCUCGCUCCUCCGCUCGUCGCUGUGUGUGGCGGUCGCCACCGUGCCAGCUCACCUGGGCCAGGACGACGCCUGGCUGCGCCGCGUGGAGCGAGCGAGCGACUCGGUGCUCCGGCUCGAGUCGUUCGCCGGCUCCCCCCGCGGUGACGUCCACCCCCUCUACCGCGAGCACCACGGCCUGCUGCACGUGGUGCGAGCUCCGCGCUUGAACUCGCUCACGACGGCACUCGUAGACUCCCACGACCUCGCCUUCCGAGUGCGGCGGCGCCGGUUCCUCGUCGAGAAGCUGCAUCUGCCCCCGGAUCUCUCGGACACCGCGAACCGCUCUGGCCCCAACGCCUCGGCCUGUGGGGGGGGGGCCACCACAACAUCCAGCCUGGAUUUCUGACUUUCUGGAUUCUGGAUUCUCAGGAAAUGGAUUCUGCAACAAGGGAUUCUUGGAUGAUCAUGGAUUCUUGGAUGAUCAUGGAGUCUUGAUCCCAGAUGGGGAUUCUCAGAUCCCAGAUCCUGAAUCUCAGGUUCUGGGAUCCUGGAUCCUGCAUUGUAUUGUGGGGGAUUUCAGAGCUGUUGUUAUCUGGAGAACAUUUACAGAUAUAAGGAUACACCACGUGAGGUUGUGCACGGCUUGCUGCUGACGGGAGUUCAUGGGACAGACCCAAUUGUUAUGGGUUGACUGACUGAGAUGACAGAUGCACCACCUGUGCUCUGUACUGUAGCAACUUGCUGCGUUUUAGCCGCCCGGCACUCCGUUGUUGUGAGCAUCGAUCAUCUGCCCUCCGCUGUUGUUGGAGGGCGACUGCCUCCAACUGCCCAGUAGCAGCGUCCUUCACGAGCCUCCUCCACAGAGGCCGAUCUUGACACCGCUGGUACCAGUCAUCGGCAAGUCCACUCGGCUCCACAUCCUCCUGUACCGCAUCACUCCAUCUCUUCUCCGGCCCGUGCCAAGUGCCCGUUUAGCCCCCUCGAUCCGGGCAAACAGAAACUGCUUGGGCGUGCGGUGGGGAUUUAACCGGGGACACUCCGUGCGUCGACAGCACGUUCCAGUGAGAGAUGCAGCCACGGAAGCUGCUCGCGAUCGAGGUGUCAUGAGGUAUGGCGAGGUGUCACGUGACGAGUGUUUACCUUGUAAAGAGAUGAUGACAACA